AUCGGUGCAUUUCUUCAUAACAUCAUAUCGUAAACCAAGUUCGACAAGGAAAGUUGAUUAAUACGUUUUAAUCUAUUUUAUUCGGUUUAUUCGUAUUACAUCUACAGUGUGCUUUUGUACUCGAUUCGUGUUUUUCAAAAUGUGUUUCUAAAAUUUAAACGCGUUCACGUGUUUCAAGAUGAUUUUAUAUUUGAAUUUUACCAAGAAAUCCGAAAUAUUUUGCGAUUUUAUCAAGCGUUUCAAGUCGAAGUCGUCGAAGUUGUAGUUGAGAUUCUACCACGAAAUAAUGUAAUGAGUAUUUAACGUAUAUUGGGAUCAACACAAGCAGUACGACGAAUAUUCAAUCAGCUCGUUAAAUUCGAAUUUUAUUACCUACGCAACUACCAUACCGAUUCGAUCGUCGUGUAUUUACCUACCUACCUACAAUUGUACCGCAUAACUCGUCAUAUUUGAAUAGUUGCACCAAUCAUCACGAUGACUGAUAUGAAAAAUGCACCAGCGACCAAAUGCGAAGCGAAGACUUUCAUCGCCGAGUACAAAUUGUACAAGAUUAGAUGGCUAAUUUUGAGCAUUUUCAUCCUGUAUACGUUCUCGAAUUCGUUCCAAUGGGGUCAAUACGUGAUAAUUAACAACGUCGUAGUAAAAUACUAUGAUAUCGAACCCAGCGCCGUUGAUUGGACGAUGACCGUUUACAUGGUGGCCUAUCUACCUUUGGUGUUUCCAGCUUUAUGGCUAUUGGAAAAAAUAGGUAUCAGAAAAAGCAUGGUGCUGACGAGCGCUGGUCUAUGUCUAGGAUCAUGGAUCAAGCUAUACGCAUCAUUUGCCCAGGAUAGAUUUGCUUUCGCAUUAUUUGGUCAAUCGGUUGGAGCUGUAUCUCAAGUAUUAGCCUUUGGUCUGGCUGCCAGAGUGACCGGUGUAUGGUUCGGUCCUAAUGAGGUGUCUUUUGCUUGUUCCUUGGCUGUUUUUGGUGAUCAGUUUGGAUCUGCUGUGGGAUUCUAUCUUCCGGCGUUAUUAGUAGAGAAUACUACAAUCCCUCGUAUUCGUAGUAGAUUAAUUUUACUCAACGCUAUCAUAGCUGGAACUGCAUCUCUCAUUAUGUUAUCAGUAUUAGUAUACUUUAAAGAACGACCUAAGACUCCACCAAGUGCUGCUGACGCCAUGCAACAAAAAGCUAGCGAACAAAGUAACAUCAUCAACGAUCUAAGGAUCCUGUUCCGAAAAAAAGGAUUCAUUUUAAUGAUGAUUGCAUAUGGAAUAAAUAACGGCGCUUUCAAUACGUUCAUGACAUUGUUCAAUUCGAGAUUCUUGAUUUAUUUUCCGGGCCAAGAGUACCACGUGGGUAGUCUCGGAUUCCUCAUCAUGCUCAGUGGUAUCGUUGGGUCAGUUACGGCAGGAUAUUACUUAGACAGAAGCCAUAAGUACAAAGAAACAACUUUGGGAAUUUACUUCAUGGCUAUCGUUUCCAUGAUCUCGUUCAUUUUCACACUUCGAUCGGGUAGCUUGGCCCUCGUUUACGUUUCGUGUAUUUUAAUUGGAUUUUCUCAAAUUGGUUACUACUGUGUAGCUGUACAGCUGGGAAUAGAAAUCACAUAUCCAGUUUCCGAAUGCAUAUCAUCUUCGUGCCUGCUUCUGGCAUCACACGUUUGUGGAAUAAUAUUCACAAAUGCAUUCAGAUACAUGACGGACGCGAAUUUUUCUGAUAUUAAUGUCACUUCAACGAUGGCUGGUGUACUGCUAAUAGGUUCCUUGAUUAACGCUUUGGUACCGUCGAAAUUAAGAAGACAAAAUGUCGAUGUUGAUGAUAACGAUAUUGCCAUCGAUUGUAAAGAAGAAACGAAAACUACGAGUACGAUACCAUAAUUUACUUUAAAUCGACUGGUUCCUAUUUUUACGCUGUAAAUUUUAUUCGCUCUGUUGAUCGAGCAUCUAGGUGUAAUUUUUAUACGUUUUUUAAGAAUUUUAUUUUAUUUUUGUGAUAUUUGUAAUACAUAAUAGGUAUAUAGGUACUUGCUUAUGUCAAGCGUUAGAUUUAAUCUAAUAGUUUUGAAUUCUGAUGUACUCGUAUUGUACAGUAAUUUAUUUUUAUAAGAAACAGAGUUUUGUGUAUUUAGAUUUUCUCAUUUUUUUACUACUAAUGGUUUAUACGUACUCCUCGUACGUCUUUUAUUAGCGAUUUGGUACCUAUUUAGAUGUAGGUAAAUUUCUAAAAAAUAAUUUCUCAUAAGUGUUUACCAGAUACCUCUUUAUGUUUACAAAUUUCAUGGAAAAUUUUUACAAUAUUGAUACAUUUUUUUCCCA